CGUGACUGUGAGACGGUGACGAAUUUACCCGCGUCUACAUAAGCUAGCUCUUCCUCACUUUCCUUGCGUCCACCGCGCACGAUGGCUCACCACCUCCUGCCCGUGGUGGUCGCCAUCCUCGCCGUCGCGCUGUUCGCGCCCCACGCCGCGGGUUACCCGUGGCCAGCUUGCGGCGAGAGCAGCAACUUCGAGGCCAACAGCACGUACCAGGCCCAUCUCAACCUCGUCGCCGCCACCCUGCCCAAGAACGCCUCAGCGUCGCCGAACCUCUUCGCCACCACCGUUGUCGGCGCUGUCCCGGACCAGCUCUGGGCCAUGGGGCUCUGCCGCGGGGACGUCAACGCAAAGACCUGCUUCAGCUGCCUCACCCAGGCUUUCCAAGACCUGACCAACUACUGCGCCUACAACAAGGACGCCACCAUCUACUACGACCCCUGCAUCCUCCACUACUCCGACGUCCACAUACUCCCCGACGACGACACCGGCACGUUGUACGACACGCUCAACGUCUACAACCUCGGGAACGUUACGUCGGACCCAGCCCGGUUCAACCGCCUCCUGGCCGCCCUAAUCAACGCCACCGCCGAUUACGCCGCGUACAACUCCACGCGGCGGUUCGCGACCGGGGAAGGCGACUUCGACAAGGAGCCCCACAAGGUGUACACCCUGGCGCAGUGCACGCCGGACCAGACGCCGGCGCAGUGCCGGAAGUGCAUCGCUAGGCUCAUAACGGAAUCGCUGGAUGUGUACAUGGGCCACAUCGGAGGCAGGGUUCUUUGGGUCAACUGCAACUACAGAUUCGAGACCGCGCCCUUCUACAAUGGACCAGCAAUGGUGCAGCUGGCAUCAACGAGCUCAGGAGCGCAGGCGCCGGCGCCGGCGCCAGCUAUGCUGCCAACGGUUGGGACGCCGGUGGCGGCCGGAGGUGGCAGAAGGAAGUUCAGAGUGCCCGUCCUGGUUCCUGCUGUUGUGCUGCCAACUCUAGCAGCCUUGAACCUUGUCGCUUGCCUUCAUUUCUGGAGGCGACGGCGGUCAGUAGCACAAGCGAAGCAGCCAUGUCCUAUGUAUUUCGCUGAAGCAGAGGACAUCGAAUUGGUGGACUCAAUGCUGAUCGACGUCUCCACCCUGCGAGCCGCCACUGGGGAUUUCGCGGAGAGCAACAAGCUCGGGGAAGGCGGGUUCGGCGCCGUGUACCAGGGUGUCCUCCCGGACGGCGACGAGAUAGCGGUGAAACGACUGUCACAAAGCUCGACGCAGGGAGUGGAUGAGUUGAAGAACGAGCUCGCGCUGGUGGCGAAGCUGAAGCACAAGAAUCUCGUCAGGCUCGUCGGCUUCUGCCUGGAACAGCAGGAGAGGCUUCUCGUGUACGAAUUCCUCCCCAACCGGAGCCUCGACCUGAUCCUUUUUGACCCUGAGAAACGUGAGGAGCUGGACUGGGGGCAGAGGUACAAAAUCAUAAACGGUAUCGCUCGGGGCCUGCAGUACCUCCACGAAGAUUCACAGCUCAAAGUAGUCCACCGUGAUCUCAAGGCCAGCAACAUCUUGCUAGACGCGAGCAUGAACCCCAAGAUAUCGGACUUCGGCCUCGCGAGGAUCUUCGGGCGCGACCAGACGCAGGCCGUCACGAACCGCGUCGUCGGCACCUAUGGAUAUAUGGCACCGGAGUACGUGAUGCGCGGGAACUACUCUGUCAAAUCGGACGUGUUCAGCUUCGGCGUCAUGAUGCUGGAGAUCAUCACGGGGAGGAAGAACAACGACUGCUACAACUCUGGGAGGUCUGAAGAUCUCUUGACCACGGUAUGGGAACACUGGGAGGCCGGGACGGUGGCGGAGAUGGUAGACCCGUGCUUGGGCGGCAGCUUCCCGGUGGGCGACGUGCUGAGAUGCACCCACAUAGGGCUGCUGUGCGUCCAGGGAGACGCGGCGGUGCGGCCGGUGAUGUCAUCGGUUGUGAUGAUGCUCGGCAGCGACACGAUCACCCUUCAGGCCCCGUCCAAACCGGCGUUCUUCGCCAGGAACGGCGCCGGUAAUGCGGCCUUGUCGACGGCGUCGGUGCAGGGUUAGCUAUGGGCGCCUAAAACAAUUUUCAGAGGCUAACACGGAGGGAAUGUGAUAUACAAAGGUGUGGUCCGUGUGCCGGUAUGUGUCGAUCAUAUUUCGCUAUGCGAAGAAGCAUUUGCCUGAGUGUCGACGAUCGGUGGAUUGCUGUUCUUACAAAUUUAUAAAAAUAGUAGAAGAUGCUUUGAGUAGAUGAAAAACACAGUACACAUGAUCUUAUAUAGGUUAAGGUCUCUCUUCAGAUAAUAACUCUACGUCUUGUUGGUCUUAUAUUAAUCUCUGAGACUAUAUACAAGGGUGUGCUUGGCUAAUCUAGAUAGAUCUAAAUAUAGUUGGAGGGCUCGCUUGUAUGUAAUAUAGAUCUAAGUUGCAGAGGGUUCGAAGCUGCAGAGGGUUCCACAUGCUUGAAUGACAUUAAUUGAGUUGUAUUGACUUCUAA